AGCAAUGUUAACUUUAUUUCGGUCAGCAAAAAAUGUAGCUAGCAUUCCGUUAGAGUUAUACAUUUUUAAAAUAGAAUUUAUGACUAAGCUGUUGCUAUAUCAUGCAGGUGCCAUUAUAUUUUUCGAUAUUUUUAGACCUGAAGACUGGUGGCUCAUUAUAGAUCGCCAUUACUCGGAUGCAGAGUGGCUGAAACACUUUCGCAUGAAACGAUCGACCUUUAAAAAAAUAGUGGAGAUCGUAGAAGAAGAAAUGAAGCCAGGUGAGAUGGAAAUUCAUGGGUUUAAAAAUGGUUAUAUUUCCAGACAAUUUAAUUAUUCCUAUUUUCAGACGAACACUGGGUGCGUCAGCCCAUUCCACUCCACAAGGGCGUAGCCAUAGCGGUUCAUCAGUUGGCCUCUUCAUGCGAAUUCAGCGAAACAGCCUCAGUCUUCGGUGUUUCCCAGCCUUCAGUCACUGUGCAUUUGAAAAAAUUUCGAAAUAUCAAUAUUCGGAUGCCUGGCUCAUGCCACGAUGCCUUUGUACUAGAAAAUUCUGGAAUAUUCACCCAAUCCAACAGCUUACCUCAGGCACCCAUUGAUAUAAAUGGGACGUUACUCCCGCUAGUUAUAUUUGGGGAUGCAGCGUAUCCGAAUCUGCAUUGGUUAAUGAAACCAUAUACAGGUGCACUGACUCAACAACAAAUUUCAUUCAACAACUAUCACAGUCGCAGUCGAGUCAUCAUUGAAAAUUAUUUCGGAAUAUUGAAAGCUCGUUGGCGAAUUCUAAAAAAUGCAGUCCCAGUCAGCCUUGAGUUCGUUCCCCAUAUUGUAGCAGCAUGCUGCAUAUUGCACAACAUUUUGGAGAAUGAUCAGACACCCGUGGUAAUUGAUGACUGCGAAUCAGCCAUGCAGGAACCAAGUCAAAAUGACAGGAGGGAUGCCGUUGCUGAUCAAACAAGGGGCAUCGAACAAAGAGAUAAUGAAAUGGAGGUUGCCAUUGCUGAUCAAACAAGGGAUGCGCUAUGUACCUACUUAUGGGAGAAUUUUCCACAUCUACUACAGACUAGAUUUUAGUAUUAUCAAAGAAAUGACAUUUAUUUCCAAAAGCG